AUGGAAAGUCAUAUCGGCGAAUUGGAGUUGGAAUGUAGGGAAGCGUGUCGCCGUCUCGGCAAGUCUGUAGAUGCGGUCAAAGGAUACAGAGGGGACGAGGCUUCCAUUUUAGAGAGUCUCUUGGCUAAUUGCCGGCGAGACGCGAACCUUUGCACGGAAUCUCUGCGUCAGUUGGAGCUGGAAGCCCGUUUUGAAACGCCAUUGAGUGCCCAGGAUCCUCAUGCCUCUCAAGUUCUUGCCGAGCUGCGCCAGCAGCUGCGUACCUUGACAGCUGAGGUCGACGCCGCAGAGAGGCGCACUCUUACGUCCAGCAGGGAAGCCCGAAACGAGCGCCUUUCGGAGGCGGAGGCGAAGAUGAAUGAAGGCUGCAAACAAUUAGAGCGUGCUCACAUGCUGGCAUUGGAAACCGAGCAAGUCGGAAGCUAUGUCUCAGCCACGUUGGCCGCCCAAAGGCAGAGCAUUAUGAGGACACGCAGUCAUGCGUCUCAUUGGGGUCUGUCUUUGGCCGAAGGACGUGCAUCUAUUUCUCGCAUGCUGAGGGCAGCUCGCCGGCGUCACUGGGUGCUGCUGUGUCUCGCCGUGUGCAUUUGCUGCUGCAUGCUUUACUUGAUGCUGUCGCGAGCACUGUGGCGUCUGGGCCUUUGCAGCAGCAGUAGCAACAAGAGUGAGGGUGUUUCAAUAGCAGAGGCGGAAAAUCCUGCUGCGCUUACUGGGGAAUUUAGUGAGAGGCAGACUGUACCGGGAGUGUUUCCCGUGCCAAACGAUGUUGCUACAACAGAGCCACAAGAACAGCAGCAGCAAGAGCAGCUGCAUCAAUCACAUCCGCACCCCCUAACAGGCAGAGAUAAAUUCAACAUUCUGCAGAGGCUCGCUCGCGAGAGGCGCGAGCAUGAGCAGCAGCUGCAGCAAAUGCAGCACGCUCAGCAAGAACAACCGCAGAUACAGCAGAGGCCAUCGGAAAUGGGACCCCAAGUAUUUCAGCAGCAGAAACAACAACUGCCGCAACUUCCUUUGCAGGAGCAAGGCGUAGAGCCACCAGUGCAGCAACAGGAGCAUGUUCCUGCAGAACAACUUUCUGAAUAUGGGCCUCUUACAGCAGAGCAGCAAUUACAUGUGCUGCAGGAGCAACUACCUACGCAGCAGCAUGCGCCAGGUAUGCAGCAACAGCAUACUCUGUUGCGGCAACCGGUACCUACAGAGCAUGGCAAGCCGCCUACGGAACAGCAACCUACUGAGAAAGAGCAGCGGUCUGCAUUGCAUCACCCGGAGCCUCCUACGCUGCAGGGUGAAACACGAGGGGAGCAGCAUCCCCCUGACGUGCUGCCGCAGCAUCCGCCUACGGAGCAGCAGCAACAAAGCGCACAGCAGCCGCAACAUAGUCCGCAUCAACUGGAGCCUUCUGUUCAGCGGCAGCUUCUCUCGGAGCAGCUGCAACUUUCUUUGCAUCAGCCGCAAAUUAGGUCGCAGCAGCCGCCGGCUUCUGCGGAUGAGCAGCUACAUCCGGUGCAGCUGCAGCAGCCUCCAACGGAGCAACGGCAGUUCCCUGUGGAGCAACAGCUUCCAGCUCAGCAACAACUUUUUCGUGGAUAUCAGCAAGAGUUUAAUACUCUGCAGCAGCAACAAUCUCCGCCGCAUCCGCUGAAGCAGCAGCAAACGACCGUGAAAGAAGGGCAGCAUUUCCAGGUGCCUGUACUGCAGCAACCGCAGCAGGAAAAGUUUCAAGCAGUUAAGACGCAGAUGCAGCGCCGGGACUCGCUUGGCGAAUGA